AUGGGGGCGGAAGUCAAAAAGAUGGAGCAUCCUCCGGCCGAGGACACUAUCGCCACCAUUGCUUCGCCGGCCGAAGCUGUGAAAGAUGAGGGUGGCGCAUUCAAGGCCUACUUGAGAAUCUUCUCGUUCGGAGGAGCCUUUGAAAAGCUCCUGCAAGCUGUCGCCAUAGCUUGCGCCGUGGGCGCAGGCGCAGGUGUGGCCCUUCAAAACUUGAUCUUUGGCAGUUUCGUCACCACCAUUCAAGACUUCACCACCGGCCAAUCUACCCCUCAACACUUUCGAAAUGAAGUCUCGAAGCUCGCCUUAUACUUUGUCUACCUCGGCAUCGCGAGAUUCGUCCUAGCCUACGGGUACAUCUCCCUCACGACCUUUUCGGCCUACCGCAUCACGAGAAACAUCCGACACAGGUACCUCCACGCAGCACUCCGACAGGAAGUCGCCUUUUACGACAUCGGCUCCGGGGGCUCCAUCGCGACCCAGGCCAUCUCCAACGGUCGCCUGAUCCAGGUGGGGAUCGCCGAGAAGCUCGCCCUGACGUUCCAGGGUCUGGCUGUCUUCGUCACCGCCUUCAUCAUUGCCUUUGUCACGCAAUGGAAGCUCACCCUCAUCGUCUGCUGCAUCGCACCCGUCAUCCUCGUUGUCAUGGGCGUCGUGUCAACCAUCGAGGCCGGCCUUGAGACCGAGAUCCUCGACAUUUACGCCCAAGCCGGGUCCUUCUCCGAGGGCAUCCUCUCGAGCGCUCGUACUGUCCACGCCUUUGAGAUCAGGUCGAGGUUGGUGCAAAAGUUUGACAAGUUCCUCGGGGAUGCUCACCGCAUCGGGAACAAAAAGUCUGCCCUCUUCGGCGUGCUCUUCUCCUUUGAGUAUUUCGUCAUCUACGCGGGCUUCGCCCUGGCUUUCUGGCAGGGCAUCCACAUGCUGAACCGGGGAGAGAUUACCCAGUCUGGAGACAUUUUUACCGUCCUCCUGUCUGUGGUAAUUGGCGCAACGAGCUUGACCAUGCUGGCGCCGUACGUUAUCGAAUUCACCCGCGCCGCCUCGGCCGCCGCCCAGCUCUUCAAGCUCAUCGACCGAGUCUCCGAGAUUGACCCUUUCGACAAGUCCGGCCACCAGCCAACAGAGACAGUGGGCGUCGUCGACCUGGAGAACAUCACCUUUGAGUACCCGACUCGCCCCGGCGUGACGGUGCUGGACAAUUACUCACUCCAUGUGCCCGCGGGCAAGGUGACUGCGCUUGUGGGAUCGAGCGGCUCCGGAAAAAGCACCAUCAUUGGUCUGAUUGAGCGCUGGUAUAAUCCCAAGUCGGGUACCAUCAAGCUGGAUGGCCAGCCGAUCGACGCGCUGAACUUGAACUGGCUCAGGAAGAACGUCCGACUCGUGCAGCAGGAACCCGUUCUUUUCCAGGGAACCGUCUUUGACAACAUUGCCAACGGACUCGUCGGCACCCCGUGGGAGAGCUCGCCCCACGAGGAGCAGCUGCGCCGCGUCCAGGAAGCCGCCAAGAUCGCCUUCGCCCACGACUUUGUCUCGCAGCUCCCCGAGGGCUACGACACCAUGAUUGGCGAGCGCGGUGGUCUCCUUUCGGGCGGCCAGAAGCAGCGCGUCGCCAUCGCGCGGAGCAUCAUCUCGGAACCAAAAGUGCUCCUCCUAGACGAGGCCACCAGCGCCCUGGACCCCCACGCCGAGGGCGUGGUGCAGCAGGCCCUGGACAAGGCCUCCGAGGGCCGCACGACCAUUGUCAUCGCCCACAAGCUCGCCACUAUUCGCAAGGCGGACAACAUCGUGGUCAUGAACAAGGGCGUCAUUGUCGAGCAGGGGACGCAUGAGGGCUUGCUGAAGCGGGGUGGUGCUUAUACCCGUCUCGUGAGAGCGCAGAACUUGAACGUCGUCGAGGAAGGGUCCAUCACCGAGACGGAGGAGGAUGGGGAGGAAGAGCCGGCGGCCCCGAAGGAGGAUAUUGAAGUCACAAAGACUAUGAGCCGCUACCGGACGACGGACCAGACGCGUAUGGAGACCCAAAAGGAGCGUGACAACUACAAUCACCACAAGCCCAUUGGUCUCAUCAGCGUCGUCAUCCGCAUGGUGCGCGAGACCCCUGAGCUGAAGUGGGCAUACCUUUCGACGUUGGUGGCCGUAGUAGUUGCCGCCGGCGCCUUUCCUGGCCAGUCCCUCAUCAUUGCAAACCUGGUCGACGUCUUCAACAUGACGGGCUCGGAGAUGAUCUCCAAAGGCAACUUCUACUCUCUCAUGUUCUUCGUCCUCGCCCUCGGCGUGCUCUGCUGCUACUUCACCAUGGGCUGGUCGACAAACAUCAUUGCUCAAGGCCUCAACCACAAGCUCCGCCGGCAGUCCCUCAACGACUUCCUUCGGCAAGACCUCCAAUUCUUUGACCGCGUAGAAAACAACACGGGCGCGCUGGCGAGCCGGCUCGAGUCCAACCCGCAGGCCAUCCUCGAGCUCAUGGGCUUCAACAUUGGCCUGAUCCUCAUCUCGUCUCUGAAUGUGAUUGCGUGCAGCAUCCUGGCCAUCGUCACCACCUGGAAGCUCGGCCUCGUCGUCGUCCUCGCGGGCAUGCCCCCGCUCGUGAGCUCGGGCUACAUCAAAAUCAGGCUCGACGCCCGGCUCGACACCAAGACGUCGCAGCGGUACUCGGCCAGCGCUGCCAUCGCGUCGGAGUCCGUGACGGCCAUCAGAACUGUCUCGUCCCUGGCCAUUGAGGAGUCCGUCUUGAAGAGGUACACUGACGAGCUCGACAACGCUGUGCGGGCUUCGACGGGCCCCCUUUUCGUCAUGACCAUUGCCUUUGGGCUGACCCAGGCCAUUGAGUACUUCUUCAUGGCUCUUGGGUUCUGGUACGGCUGCCGCCUGCUUUCGUUCAACGAGAUCUCAAUGUAUCAGUUCUUCGUCGCCUUCAUGGGCACAUUCUUCUCCGGACAGGCCGCUUCGCAGUUGUUCCAGUACUCGAGCAGCAUGACCAAAGGCAUCAACGCCGCAAACUACCUCUUCUGGCUGCACGAUCUGCAACCGUCCAUCCGGGAGACGCCCCAGAACCGCGACGCCGCGCCCAGGGCCGGGGCCGCCGUCGGCUUCGAACAGCUCCGUUUCUCGUACCCGCUGCGACCCGAAGCGCAUGUCCUCCGCGCAGUCGAUCUCGAGAUCAAAAAGGGCCAGUUCGUCGCCCUCGUAGGCGCUUCGGGCUGCGGUAAAUCCACAAUGAUCGCCAUGCUCGAACGCUUCUACGACCCGACGACCGGCACCAUCCGCAUCGACGGCGACGCCGCCCUCUCGGACCUCAACCCCCGCCUGUACCGCCACAUCGUCGCCCUCGUCCAGCAGGAGCCGACGCUGUUCCAGGGCAGCAUCCGCGAGAACAUUUCCUUGGGCAUCGACGCCGAGUCCCUCGACAAAGUGGUCCCGGACUCCCAAAUCGAGGCAGCCUGCCGUGCGGCCAACGCGUGGGACUUUGUCUCGUCCCUCCCUGAGGGUCUCGCGACCCCCUGCGGCAGCAGCGGUAUGCAGCUCUCUGGAGGCCAGAGGCAGCGCAUCGCGAUCGCGCGGGCGCUCAUCCGCGACCCGCGUAUCCUGCUGCUCGACGAGGCGACGAGCGCGCUCGAUACCGAGUCGGAAAAGGUUGUGCAGCGUGCUCUCGAAGAGGCAGCGCGGGACGGGGAAAGGAUCACCGUCGCCGUGGCGCAUCGGCUGUCCACGGUCAAGGACGCCGACGUGAUUUGCGUGUUUUACGGGGGCCGGAUCGUGGAGAGGGGGACACAUGCGCAGCUUGUUGCUAGGGGUGGCAUGUAUAAGCAAAUGUGCGAGGCGCAGAAUCUCGAGUAA